AAGAUUCACAGUUACAAAACAUUAUUCAAAAUAAAAAGAGUUUACCCAUCCAAAUCCCAAAGCUCUCUUUUUCAACCUUCGGUCACCCUGUCUCUCUGUAAAGCACGCCCACAUGCUCCCCGCUCUCUCUCUCUCUCUCUCUCAUCGUUCCUCUUUUUGGAGUCCAGGGGGCUCAUUACCAGGUCUUAAGUACUGGGUUGCUUUGAUAAUGGCGUAAAAAGCCCUCAAAGCCACCUCUCGCAAUCAAAACCCCUCUCUCUCUAGUAACUACCAUAACUGUCUUUCACGUUCUUCGCUUUCUGGGUCUUCUCUAUCUCUUGAUGUUAUUCAAGUUCUGCUGACAGCUUCAAAGGUCGAAAAUGGGGGAAGAAGAUCAUUGGGGCUUGCCACCAACUGGAGCUCCUUCAUAUUCAGAGAGAGAUGAUCAUUGGAGGCACUUUGAUAACUCAGUCAAUGCUAUUUCAUUUGGGUUUGUUGCCACUGCCAUUCUCAUCUCCAUGUUCCUUGUCAUGGCCAUUUUUGAGAGGUUUCUCAGACCCAACUCGCCGGCUUCUUCGCCCUCCGGCCGGAGGUACAAUGGCGAUUUUGAGUCCCAAAUGGGCUUCAAUGCCAAGCUUCAUUUUCCAUCUCCCAAAAUAUUUACGAAUGCCAGAGAAGUUUCAGUAUUGAUGCCCGGAGAAAAUAUUCCUACUUUUAUUGCCCAUCCAGCACCCAUGCCUUGCUCCCCUGAGCACAUCUCAUGGCCCACCCAUCAGCAUACAUCAUUGCCGGAUAUCUCCCAACACUCCAAUUCAAGCUCAAGCUCAAGCUCGAUCUGAAAUAACUAUGCAUUGAAAUGCCAGCUCACUAGUUUGUACAUCAAAGCUAUUCAGAAUCAUGGACAUUACUCGAGCAAAAAUCACACAUUAAAUAUUGAAGAACUGUAGCAAGGAAGAGGAAUCUGGAAGGUGGCAAUUUUUAAUGCGUAGGUUCUUGAAUCUGUAUAUAUAGCAUUCUGUCAUGAUGGGCAUAUAGAGGAUUCAAUAAUUCAACAUUGAAAAAUCAGGCGAUGAUUUAGCUUGCAUUAAUUUAUAUUUUUCAUAUGUUUCGUGGUUUUCAGAUUUUUAAGAUGCUACUAAGAUUCCUAGAGAUGGAUUCAAUGUCCACGUCAAAUCUGUCUCCUUGUAAAGAAUUGAGUAUAACUGAUGAUGGAUACAGGAGUAAAAAUUGAUGGGUCUUCUUUUGCAUUUUCGGUUGGCGAGUGUAAUUUUUCAGCUUGUUGAGUACAACCACGAGAUGAAUAUUUGUGUCAUGAUGAUUGGAGUAUUCAAUCAACACGAUGAAGAACAUUUUAAAGUCUUGUAUAUUAGCCCACACCAUGAUUGGCAAAGACAACUCUCGCUUUGGUGCGAAGCAAGGACUUCAGGACAGGAGUACUGGUUUUUUUACUGAUCUGAGGUAACAAUCCUAGUACCGAGAAACAACCACUUAGUAGGCAUACUCUCCCAAAAUUUGUGUCCAUUUACCCAAAUUCUUUGGAAGAUAUUUGUAAAUUGCUCCAAGUUAGGUCUCCAAGUUUGGAAGAAAUUAGUACUCUUUUCCUAAGAUGCUCUUUUUUUUU